AUGGACAAAUUCGAAGCAUCCAUACUAGACGGAUCCGCGUUUCGAGGCCCCCGUACUCCCUCUCCCACCCGCACAGCUUCAACCGCCUCCCCCACCCCUUCCCCCUCUCCCUCUUCUUCUCGCCCUUCCUCACCCCAACUCGGCGCCUCAGAUUCGCCUUCAACCCACCCAGAGCGCACUACCGGGCCUCAAACAGGUCCCAAGGGUGUACUAGCCGAUAAGCAGCACGCCCUCGCGGUAGAGAAGGAACGAAAGCGAGAUGCACUGAGGAAGACGAGGGAGAAGAUGCACCGGAUGGGCUUGCAGGGGGGAACGGCAGAGGAGCAGGAGAGACUGAUGAGGAGGGAGAAGAGGUAUAGAGAACAAAUUGCUGAGAUUGAGAGACGGCAAGCGGGAGAGGGACAAGAGGAAGAGGAAGAAGACGACCAAGAUGAGGAUGAAGAUGAGGUGUUGAAGAGGUAUCGAGCUCGCAGGCUGGCAGAGCUCAAGGGAGAGAAUAUGCCAGAGACCGCUAGCAAGAAGCUAGGAGGCUGGAAGGAGAGUAGCAGCGUAGCGCACUUUGGCCAUUUGAGAGAGACGGAUGAGAGGGGCUACGUGCGAGCUGUAGAGGGUACGGGGGAUGGUGACCUCGAGGCAAAGGCAGUGGUGGUGCACAUCUACUCAAAGCUCGUCCAAGCCAGUAACCAAUUGACAAAAGCCCUUACAUCCCUCGCCCGGCUACAUCCCUCUACAAAAUUCCUCCAAAUACGCGCCCUCUCCAUCAACUUUGGUCUACCCCCCUCCGCCUCUGCCUUCCGCUCAAACGACGACUCAGAUGAAGACGAAGAUCUGCCCGAGUCGGAGCUUCGUCUGCGCCAAUUGGAAAAGGAAGAGUCGAUGGGGGAUGUAUUGCCUACGCUCCUCAUCUAUCAGCAGGGAGAGCUGGUGGGAAAUCUGGUCAGGGUAGAUUUGGAAGAAGGGUGGGAGGAUGGGAGUGAGAGGGCCGUGGAGGCACUGCUGAGGAGACAUAAUGCAAUCUGA